AUGGGAUAAUGCAAUAACUGUUAAUCAUGCUAAAAAACUGAUGGCAAAGAGCUAACAGUAGAUCAAUAAGCUUACAGAACUAGUUAAUAAUAAAGUCAAACCAGCAAAUAAAGAGUAUCUGAUAUUAAUGGCGAUAAGGGAAGUAAAAAUAAGAAGAUUAAAGCUGCAACAAUAAUACAAGCCCAUUGGAGAGGGUAUGCAGUUCGAAAGAAAUAAUAAAGAAAGUCAAUUGGUACUAAUGAUAAUCCAGGUGCCCCUCCGAUUACUAAUAAAUAUUUUAGCACUGAUAAGGAUUAUGCCUAAUAACAUAGCAAUUCAAAAACAAGAGAGAACAGACCACCCUUUAAGUAUAAGAGUGGUGCUAUAUAUGAAGGGGAAUGGAUUGGAAAUUCUAGGGAUGGGUAAGGCACAUAAUUAUGGAAUGAUGGAGCUAAAUUUGUAGGAUAAUGGAAAAACAAUAUGGCUCAUGGCAAAGGGGUGUUUUAUCAUGUGGAUGGAGAUGUUUUUGAAGGAACUUGGUUGGAAGACAAAGCAUGUGGAUUUGGUAUCUAUACCCAUGCUAACGGAGCAAAGUAUGAAGGAGAGUGGCUUAACGAUCUACAACAUGGAUUUGGAGUAGAAACUUGGGCAGAUGGUUCUAAAUACGAAGGCUAAUAUUAUAUGGGAAAGAAGCAUGGCAAAGGAAAGUAUACCUGGAAUGAUGAUAGUUUCUACGAUGGAGAUUGGGAUAACAAUUAGAUUAGUGGAAAGGGAAUCUAUUAAUGGAGUGAUGGAAGAAGAUAUGAAGGAGAAUGGCUAAAUAAUAAUAUGCAUGGAUAAGGACAUUACUAUUGGCAAGAUGGGAGAUCUUAUAAAGGAGGAUAUAUCGAUGAUAAGAAACAUGGUUAUGGUGUUUACACAUGGGCGGAUGGCAGAAAAUAUGAAGGAGAAUGGGUUAGUGGUAAACAACACGGCAGAGGGCAAUAUAUUUUAUUAGAUGGAUCAGUAAAAAAAGGAGAAUGGAUAGAGGGGAAGAAAAUAAAAAACAUCCAAAAUUGACUUAUUUAUUAAUUUCAAAUGUUUAUAACUAUUCUCAUUUA